AAGAUACUGGAAGUUCCAGCUAUAAUCAAAGAGGUCUUGGAUCUUUAAUGUCAAAUAAUAAUAUAUUUUUAUCAAAUCAAAUGGUUCAACUUGUACAUUCUUUGAAUGAUCAAAAUGGCUAUUCAUUUAUGAUGGUGAUGGUGAUGGAG